AUGCCCUUAACAACUUUAACACUAAAUUCGAGCCUUCUAAUUAUUAUCACGCUACUAAUUUAUCCUAUUAUAAUAACAUUAAGCCCAAAUCCAAUAAAAAAAGACUGAGCUGUAACACACGUUAAAACUGCCGUUCAAAUAGCAUUUUUCGUAAGCCUAAUUCCACUAUUCCUAUUCUUAGACCAAGGAAUAGAAACAGUACUAACAAACUGGCAAUGAGCUAAUACAAUAACAUUUGAUUUAAAUACAAGCUUCAAAUUUGACCAUUACUCAAUUAUCUUCACCCCAAUUGCCCUAUACGUUACAUGAUCAAUUCUAGAAUUCGCCUCAUGAUACAUGCACGCAGACCCAAACAUAAACCGAUUCUUUAAAUACCUACUUAUGUUCUUAGUAGCAAUAAUUAUUCUAGUAACAGCUAACAACUUAUUUCAACUAUUCAUUGGCUGAGAAGGCGUAGGGAUUAUAUCAUUUCUCCUAAUUGGGUGAUGAUACGGACGAGCAGAUGCAAACACCGCAGCGCUCCAAGCCGUAAUCUACAACCGAGUUGGCGAUAUCGGCCUCAUCCUAGCCAUAGCCUGAAUGGCAAUAAACCUAAACAGCUGAGAAAUUCAACAAGUAUUUAUUACCUCAAAAGAAAUAGACCUUACACUUCCCCUCAUAGGACUAGUCGUUGCUGCAACAGGAAAGUCCGCCCAAUUCGGACUGCACCCAUGACUACCAUCAGCAAUGGAAGGCCCCACACCAGUCUCUGCCCUACUACAUUCAAGCACAAUGGUCGUGGCAGGAAUCUUCCUAUUAAUUCGACUGCACCCAAUAAUAGAAAAUAACCAAACAGUACUAUCAACCUGCCUAUGCUUAGGAGCACUAACCACGCUAUUCACAGCCACUUGUGCACUAACACAAAACGACAUCAAAAAAAUUGUUGCAUUUUCAACAUCCAGCCAACUUGGACUCAUAAUAGUAACUAUUGGGUUAAACCAACCACAACUUGCAUUUAUACAUAUUUGUACACACGCAUUCUUUAAAGCGAUACUAUUCCUCUGUUCAGGCUCCAUCAUUCAUAGCCUAAAUGACGAACAAGAUAUUCGAAAAAUAGGAGGUCUACACAAACUGCUUCCAUUUACCUCAUCUUGCAUAACAAUUGGCAGCUUAGCCCUCACAGGCACCCCAUUCCUGGCAGGAUUCUUCUCUAAAGACGCAAUCAUCGAAGCCAUAAACACAUCCUACCUUAACGCCUGAGCCCUUACCCUAACCUUAAUCGCCACCUCAUUUACAGCCGUAUAUAGCUUCCGAAUUAUCUUCUUUGCCUCAAUAGGACAACCACGAUUCCUUCCGCUCUCCCCAAUUAACGAAAACAACCCUGCAGUUUUAAACCCGAUCAAACGACUCGCUUGAGGAAGCAUUAUUGCAGGUCUAAUUAUUACAUCAAAUUUUCUACCAAUAAAAACACCAAUCAUAACAAUACACCCCACAUUGAAAUUAAGCGCCCUAAUAGUCACCGCCAUUGGACUCUUUACUGCCAUAGAGCUAGCAAACUUAACAAAUAAACAAUACAAAACUAAACCAUAUACUAAAACACAUAACUUCUCAAAUAUACUAGGCUACUUCCCAGCCGUGGUCCACCGAAUGGCCCCAAAACUAACUCUAGUACUAGGACAAAAAGUAGCUACCCAACUAGUAGAUCAAACAUGAUUUGAAAAGCUAGGACCAAAAGGAAUCGCAAACGCUCAACUUCCCAUAAUCAAAAUUAUUAACAACCCACAACAAGGACUUAUCAAAGUAUAUCUAGCGACAUUCUUCCUAACAAUUACCCUAAUUAUUAUCAUAAUAAUAAUAUUCUAA